AUGGCUAUUCUUUCGCUCUCGAGUAUCGCUUUGGCGGUGCUUUUGGGUGUCAGCCCCGCAGCUGCUGGAUCUUUGAAGGACAUCGAGCAUGUAGUCAUUUUCAUGCAGGAGAAUCGGUCAUGGGAUACUUAUUUCGGAACAAUGGCUGGAGUCCGGGGGUUCAAUGAUCCCAAUGUCCAAGUCAACCCCGACGGCAACUCGGUUUGGCACCAAGUAGUCGAGCCCGCCCAGUCCAAUAAGACCAAGUCUUUGCUGCCUUGGUAUUUGGGCCAAGAGGGUGGAGACUGGCACGAUGCUAUCCAGUGUCUGACCGCGGGAAGUAAUGGCUACAAAGAGAAUCAGCAGUCUCUUAACAACGGCUCAAACAACCACUGGGUCACCAAAAAUACCCCUUGGAGUUGGGGUUACUUGAAGAGACAAGAUAUUCCCGUGCAAUAUGCGAUUGCAGAGGGUUGGACGGCGGGAGACAUGUAUCAAGAAAGUCAAAUCACAGCUACAAACCCCAACCGAGUCACGUUGGUCAGCGGCUCGAUCAACGUACCUGGUAGCCCUCAGAGCAAAGACGAGGGAGGUGUGUACAUCGACAACAACGAGGUUCCUGGUGCGUACCCCCAUUCUAUUCUCUUUCGUUGUUUUACCCCCACAUCAAAGAAUCUCCCACUCAUCAAGUGGAAGACAGUCUAUGACUUCUACGAAGAAGCUGGAGUUUCAUGGCAACUAUACCAAGACAAAAACAACUUCGAUGACAACCCUCUGGCUUGGUUUGAGCAGUUCCAAAAAGCAUCAAAGGACAGCCCUCUCGCCAAAAAGGGCACGUCAUUCCUUGGCCUUGAUGCCUUCUACCAAGCUGCUGCCAACGGCACAUUGCCUGAAGUCAGCUUCAUCGUCGGCCCAGCUGAGCUUUCCGAGCACCCACCAUACAUGCCUAAAGAUGGAGCUUGGCUCCAGAAGAAGGUUGUCGACGCGGUUACCAACAGCCCCAGAUACAAUUCGACUCUUUUGAUGAUCAGCUAUGAUGAGACAGGUGGCUUCGGCGACCAUGUCACCCCGUUCCAUUCGCCGAGAGACACCCCUGGUGACUGGAUGGAAGAUCCUCUGGGCCUAUUCUCGGACAUUUUUGUCGGUCCGGGCUUCCGAGUACCCUUUUACAUGAUCUCCCCAUGGACGCGAGGAAACCGCGUUUUUACCGAGAGAGCGGAUCACAAUUCCCAGAUCCUAUUCGUCGAAGAGUGGCUGACAGCCCGGGGGUACAGUAAUAUCAAAACUGAUCAGAUGGUUUCAUGGAGGCGCAAGCACAUGUCUAACCUUGUCAACGCGUUUGACUUCGAUCACCCAGACUACUCUUUACCUCAGAUCCCUGAAGCAGAUACACCCGACACCAACUCGAAGGGUGAAUACGUUGGGACCUCAAACUGCCAAUCGCGCCAUGCCGAAACAAGGCCUCCAGUUCCUUACGGCGAACAAGAUAACACCGCGGACAGCAACUCGUUGUGGUUUGAAGAGGGUUAUAAAGAAGUGGUUGGCUAUCUCACCGAGGGACGAUACUUGGUCUUUGAGAAAGAUGGUCUGGCCAUUACCAAUACCGGUAAAGGAAACACACUCACGAGCAGCCGGGCAACCUCUCAACACAAUGCUAAAUCUCAACGUUGGGUCAUACAUUACAACAACGACGAGGAAAGUCAAGUCUUUACGAUUUCAAGUGCAUUGGAUGGUCGUUGGAUUGGCUCGAAUGGUUCCCUGCUCCCUAAGGACCAGGGUUCGAGUGCUGCGCAAGUCCGUGUUUCCUUCCUGGGAGCAGGCCUUGGCUAUACUCUGCAAUUUGUGGAGCGACAACAGUACAUUGAUAUCAAUGGCCAGGGUGUUUUGAGUGUCAGAGGUAGUCAGGCUGGCUCCACCAGUGGCUACAAGAUCUUUAGCGUUUCUUACCGAGACUAG